AUGGGCUCCAAAACACCUGGUAACGAUAACUAUCAAAGAGGCGACAGCCAAUCUUCCUCUGCCGCCAUCGGUAACGGGGAAGUACGCGGCCGCAACAAUUCGCAAGACGGAGAUGGAUGCAUGGGCAGUAACGGAGGUGGCGAGGAUGACGAUGGCGAGGGCGACGAUGACAACAACGAUGUUGCCCCUCCCACCUUGACGUUGACUGGCGCUUCCUCUGCUGAUGCCAGCAAGAGCAAGAAAAAGAAGCGCAAGAGACAUGGCAAGAAGAACAAGACGUCUAUUCUGAAGCAGUCGUCACCUCCUAGGGUCCCUCUUCAUGAUCUCUUUCCGUCCGGUAGCUAUCCGACAGGCGAGCUUUUGGGCUACGAUGCUAGCUCCGAAACACGAAAUACAGCGAAGACCAAAGAAGUCCGUAUCGACGGUUUACGCCGCACCAACGAAAGCGCGUUUCUCGACAACUAUCGCAAGGCCGCGGAAAUCCAUCGCCAAGCGCGGCACUGGGUUCAGCAAUCCGUCAAGCCAGGCCAAACCCUAACAGAGAUUGCUGUUGAGGUCGAGGACAGUGUUCGUGCGCUCUUGGACAACCAAGGGCUGGAGCCUGGUCAAAGUCUUCAGGCGGGUAUGGGGUUUCCUACAGGUUUAUCGCUGAAUAACGUUGUGGCCCAUUACACUCCCAAUCCCGGCCAGAAGGACAUUGUACUCCAACACAGCGACGUGAUGAAAGUCGAUUUUGGUGUCCACAUCAACGGCUGGAUUGUUGAUAGUGCCUUCACCAUGGCUUUCGAUCCCGAGUACGAUAAUCUCUUGGCUGCGGUCAAAGCCGCGACGAAUGCUGGGAUCAAGACUGCAGGCAUUGAUGUUCGCAUCAGCGACGUCAGUGCUGCGAUCCAGGAAACCAUGGAAAGCUACGAGGUCGAGAUCAAAGGCAGAAUGUACCCUGUGAAGGCUGUUCGAAGCCUCUGCGCACAUGAUAUCAAACAAUAUCGCAUUCAUGGAGGCAAAAGCAUCCCGUUCGUCAAAAACUCAGAUCAAACCAAAAUGGAAGAAGGCGAAGUAUUUGCCAUUGAGACAUUUGGAACCACCGGACGUGCCUAUCUGAAGGACGAUUCUGGAAUUUACGGCUAUGGACUUGACCCCGGUGCUCCAGCACGGGUGUCAUUGCCUCUGGCCUCCGCUAAUCGCGUCUACAAGACCAUCAAGGACAACUUCGGCGGUAUAGUGUUCUGUCGUCGAUAUCUUGAGCGUCUUGGAGUGGAACGAUAUUUGGCUGGACUCAACUCUCUCGUAUCCAACGGCAUACUAGAAGCCUAUCAACCGCUUAUGGAUGUUCCCGGAUCUUAUUCGGCCCAGUUUGAACACACGAUAUUGCUGCGGGAGUCUCAGAAAGAAGUUGUCAGUCGUGGGGAUGACUACUAA